GAACGGUUGGUGUCUCGGUCGGCCGGCUUGACAGAGGGAGACGAAUCUCCUCGCAAGGAGGGCGUGGAGAUCAUGAAUCUUAAGGCAAGGCAGAUCGCGCACGAGGCUCGGGGCGUAGAGAGCCCCGUGUCUAAGGGCUCCUCGAGCUUCCUUGCAUCCCCUCGGUUUGCCCUAACGGGCACAUCUAUCACCAGUUCGCCGUGGGUGCCGCCUGUGGCGGCAGCUUCGGCACAGUCUGGAGAUGUGUCGCCAUCGAAGGUCGAGUCGCCACGAAAGGCGCGUGAGGUAAUCCUUGGGCAGGAAGCCGAAGUGCGACGCCGACUCCAGUGGAGAGAAGAGCUUGAUAGGAACCUGCGCCGACUCAUGACAGAUGUAGAGCUGGGUCGAGACCCGGUGAUGAAGCACCAUGGGCACAAGAUGGUGUGCGACCAGUUCGAUCGACUCUAUGGCUGGUUCAAAGAUGCAGGAGACAAGGAAGUGGCCAAGGAGCAGGAGGGACCUGCAUUCGUCCGCUACGAUCCAGCUAAGCCCGUCAUGGUUUGUGAGAGAUCGACGUUGAAGCUGAGAACUUCGUCCCAGAAAAUCGGCGGCGCCUUUGGCGCACCAGCUGCGUACUUCUGCGCCGUUGAUAUCUUCGCGCCGGAGCAGGGCCAGAAACUACCCAUGGAUGGCAUGGCGCAUGCUGAGAAGAGAGGAGAAGGCACGAAGGCCAGCUGCAAGUCUCUGAACAGCCACGACUUGGCAGGAGGAUUUCAUGCUGGACACAAGCGCACCACCAAUCCCUGGGCCAGGGCCGCUAGGGGGAAGUACCUCAGUGCUGAUACAGCUCCGCGUCAUGUCAACGUGGCUCUGUCGAUGGGCGUCAAGACUUCCCGGGCCGUCCCAGAGUUAGAUGACAGGGUAGUGGCUCAUUUGGGAUCAUUCUUAGCGAGCUCUAUGCAUGGCAAAAUUGCGUAUUUUGAGCCGAGAGCGAGUUUGCCGCCACUCAGGAGGCCAGUGGCAUCGAGCACAUGGUCUUCGCCUUCUUGUUUUGGACAGCACGAAAGCAAGGUCAAGACCUUGACCGGCAAGACAAUCACUUUGGAUGUGGAGGCAUCUGACACCAUCGACAACGUGAAGGCGAAGAUCCAAGACAAAGAGGGUAUCCCGCCGGAUCAGCAGCGGUUGAUCUUUGCAGGCAAGCAGUUGGAGGAUGGUCGAACCUUGUCAGAUUAUAACAUCCAGAAGGAGUCAACCCUUCAUCUGGUGCUGCGUCUGCGUGGUGGGCACUGUCAGGUGCCUUGCGGAAUUUUUGAUGACCCCAAGCUCGUUGCCGACGUCAAAGAGGCUGUCGCAACGAUCAAGAAGGCCAUGGUCCAAAUCGGAGAGCUGUCGGCCAGUAUGACGCCUCUGAACAUCAAUCAGAUGACACGCUGGGUCAACACCAAGGAGGAGCACGCCGGCAAGAUCAUCUCACUUAUGUCCGAGUAUUGUCUUUGCCAGCGGGUGAAGCCAGUCAGCGACCCAAAAACGCCCUUCGCAAGUGAGGCAGACUAUAUUGCUGCUCUGCAGUCGCAUCACCAGGUGAUGCUGGCGGCUGUCAAGUGCAAGCAGAACGUCGACCCUGCGCUUGCAGAUGCGCUCGAUGGAGCAGUCGCUGAGAUGAGCAAAAUGUACAUGAAGUGA